GAGCGACCACGACCCAGAGACGAGUGUUUGGUUUGCAUCUGUCACUCAGACAUGACGUACAGUAUUUCAGAGGCUUACCUGUACAAGGUGAAUGUGUUUGGGAUUUUGUUAUGGGAGCGGAAAAGACUAUCCAUAUUGCCUGCAUUAUGGCAUAUUUUUUUUGGAUUGCACCAACUGAGCUAUGUGACAAUGGACUGCCCCUUUUAGAGAAAGAAAGACAUACUCGAUGUGAGAGCUGUGUGGACAUGCUGUUUGUGCGCGGCUCGGGGAACUGUGUGCAGUGCGACACGCCCCUGAGGAAGAGUAACUUCCGUGUGCAGCUCUUUGAAGACCCUGCCGUCGACAAGGAGGUGGAGAUCCGUAAGAAGGUGCUCAAGAUUUACAACAAGAGAGACUUUGACUUCUCCAACUUGAGAGAAUACAAUGACUACUUGGAGCGAGUGGAGGAGAUUGUCUAUAACCUGACCAACAACCUGGAGGUGGAGGGGACCAAACAGAUCAUGGAGGCAUACCAGAGAGAGAAUAGAGACAUCAUUCAGAAGAACAAGGCCAAGCUGACUCGAGAGCAGGAGGAGUUGGAGGAGCUGCUGUUGUUGGAGCAGCAGGGGAACGAGCAGCGCAGGCUGGAGACUCUGCAGGAAGAACAGAGACAGUUACAGGCCAAGAGGAAGAGCAAGCAGGCUCUACUGGAUGAACUGGAGCGCUCUCAUGUCCCCGCCACCAUCCUGCUGGCCCAACACAAGGACCGGGCCGCCCAGCUGGAGACCCAGAUUGAGAAGCAGAAACAGGUGGUCAAAACCACCAUCUUCUCCACCGGCAUCCCUAUGGGUCAGACUGUGUCGCUGCUGACCGUGACCCGGUUAGAAGAGGUUCUGUACCACUACCAGCCCAUCCACAUCCACACAUACGGACCCCCCGUCCCUGAGCUGGAGCAGCUGGGGCGACUCGGGUAUUUGAACCACGUGCGUACUGCCCAGCCCCAGGACAUGGCUGGAGGAUACAACUCAGGACUGGCGUGUCAUCGAGCCAUCCAGGAUGCCUUCAGUGGGCUCUUCCAUCCACUGGGCUGACCCCUCAAAAACAGAGAGGAGCUCAGAAAUAUGAGGCUGUCAAUAUAAACUCUUGUCUAAGAACUCAAAUCACCACCCUGCUCUACAUUGUGGAGGGAGCCAUAGACCGCUAUGGAUGGUGGUCUAAAGUCAGACCAGGAUGUAUAUGUUGCUAUUUUUGUAUUAUCUUAUUUUCAUUUUUAUUAAAAUAAAUAUUUAAAAAAAUAA